AAGCAUCUGGAGUCCGCAACUGCAAAGCAACCAAAGGUCCAAAAGGACCAAAACCCUCAAACGCUCUCUCUAUUGUGGUUGAUAGGGAUGUCGAAAAUGGCCGUAACCGUCACCGGUGCAUUGCCGACAUCGUUUUUGCCAACGCAAAUACGGCAUUUGCAGCUUCCCUUUGUGUCUCCGACUCAGAAGCAAAACAUGGUCUCAACUGCGGCGAAAGGAUGGGUUGUUUGUCAAUCUGUUAGUGUGAAUGCCAGGUUUGGAUCUUCCAAGGGUGGUGCCGGUGUCUUGGAACGACCGACCUUCGAUCAGUCACAGUUCGACCCUUCUACACAAGUUCUUGAAGGAGGAGAUAUUGGACGAUUGAAGAACAAAAAAGGUCCUGGGAGUGGAGACAGUUAUAGAGUUCUGUUGAUUGAUGAUGCUCGUCAUACCGAGAAGUUAGUUGCAAAGGUGCUGCCCCAUGUUGUUCCAUCUGUUACCCCUGAUGAUGCAAGAAGACUUUUCCAAGUAUCUCGUGAAAAUGGAGUCGCAAUUGUUAUUGUCACUGUUAAGGAGCAUGCAGAGUUCUAUGCACAAAUGAUGAUACGUGGUGGGUUAAGGUCAACAAUUGAGCCUGAUUCAAGCACUGUAUGAAGCAGGCGCUGCAACCGUCGAGACUGGCGGGGAGAUAUUUUCGAAAUCCAAUUAAUUAGAGUUCAUAUACUUGGUAGGAAUGGAGGGGCUAGAUAUAUAGUGAAUGAAUUACAGGUUUUGUAGCUCUAGAUUGUUGUAUUCAGUUUCUUCGAAGUCUUAAGAAUAUAUGAAUUUCAUUAUCAAAAACUGAUUGAACUUUA